AUGCACAGCAAACGGAAGGCGUUUGACAGGCUGUGUCCCAACCGGGCGCUGGAUCUGUCCAACCGGCUGAAUAAAAAGCCAGAGAGGAAGGUGGCCAAGAGGAUUUUCGCUGAGCACCCUGGCCCUGUGACUAUCUAUGUAGAUCAGUCUCCCAGCGCAGUAGAUGCAGCUCUCUCCACCAUUGACUGGCAGGACCUGGCUGAUUGUAACGCUGUCAUACAACAGGACGCCACUAGGGGCGCGCUCGAGCAGCAGGUAACACAAGCGCACUGCAUGCCAGGGACACCCGACUUCGACCUGCAGGAGUUCAGGGAUGCUGUGGACAACUUCAUCGCAGACCAGUCUUCCCAUAUGCAGGGUGAAUUGGGCACUGCAGACUUCCAGCUACCCCCCUGUGAGGUGUCUGUGUUUGAUCAGUGCCUGGCACCUUCUAUUCACCCUCAGCCAUGCCAGCUCAUGCCCAUCAACGUGCAGCCUCUCCCCAGCACAGAGCAGUACUGGAGGGAUAUGGCAGAUCACAAUGAGAAAGCUCUGGGGGACGCCUUGGUACAGAACAAUCAGCUGCACGUGACACUGAAUGAGAAACAGGAUGAGAUCGAUUCACUCAAAGUGAAGAACGUUCAGCUGAAGGAACUCGCUGAUCAGACGAAACACUUGGCUUCUGUGCUAGAUAAGCUAAUGAGUCACCGGUCUAGAACCAUUUCCAGUCUCCCCUCUAAUGUUGUCCUGACAAGACCACCAGUUAAAAGAAACCUGGAGGAGUUUUUCCAGCAGAGCAGUGAUCAGGAAUGCAAUCAAGUGGAUGAAAUAUUGCGGGAGAUCUCAAAGAAAUGCAACGCUGCACUGAUGGGACAUGACUACACUGAAACCAAGCGACCCAAGCUGCAAUCUGGUGACCCCAUGGACUACCUGGAUGAGGAUUCUUCAAGAAUAAAAAUGUGCGGAGCCUUUCAUGGCCUAAAGACAUCUACAGGUCACAGCUCACUGAACUUAGGUGACACUAACUUAGAAGAAGAUGUCGCCUUCAGGACCUCCAUCAAAGACCACUCUACUAUCCGAACCCUUGCCUUCCCCCAGGGAAAUGCCUUUACCAUCAGGACCAGUGGUGGGGGAUAUAAAUUUAGAUGGGUCCCCAACUGA